UUAAACCCUGUAAUCGGAGAUUGGGCGGAUAAACUGAUCAGAUCGAUAGUCGAAGUGAAUAAGUAUUGGAAAAGAAAAAAUGGUGCUGAUAACGGCAGUACGAGAUUACAUCAAUCGCAUGUUACAUGACAUUUCUGGCAUGAAAGUCCUCAUCCUCGACUCUCAUACGGUUAGUAUUGUGAGUGUAGUAUAUUCACAAUCGGAGCUUCUUCAGAAAGAAGUAUUCUUGGUUGAACUUGUAGACUCCAUUUCCAUGUCAAAAGAACCCAUGUCACAUCUUAAAGCUGUUUACUUUCUUCGUCCAACAUCUCAAAACAUCCAUCUCUUGAGGCGUCAACUGACUACCCCUCGAUUUGGAGAGUACCACCUCUUUUUCUCCAAUAUGUUGAAAGACACUCAGCUUCACAACAUAGCAGAUUCAGAUGAGCACGAACUUGUUCAGCAAGUGCAGGAAUUUUAUGCAGACUUUGUUGCAAUUGAUGCCUAUCACUUCACUUUUAAUAUUGCAUCAAACCACAUGUAUAUGCUCCCAGCUGUGGUGGAUCCAUCAAGUUUACAGCAGUUCUGUGACCGAGUGAUUGAUGGAAUUGCUGCCAUCUUCUUAGCCCUAAAACGAAGGCCGGUUAUUCGUUAUUCACGGACAUCUGAUAUUGCAAAACGGAUAGCACAAGAAGCUUCGAAGCUAAUGUACCAGCAGGAAAGUGGUCUUUUUGAUUUUCGACGAGCAGAAGUUUCUCCACUGUUGCUAAUUGUUGAUAGGCGGGAUGACCCUGUCACUCCUCUGCUUAAUCAAUGGACAUAUCAGGCAAUGGUUCAUGAAUUGAUAGGCAUUCAAGACAAUAAAGUAGACCUCCGAAACUUUACAAAGUCAUCAAAGGAUCAAGAGGAGGUUGUACUGUCUUCUGAGCAAGAUGCCUUUUUCAAAGCCAACAUGUAUGAGAAUUUUGGCGAUAUUGGAAUGAAUAUAAAAAAAAUGGUGGAUGAUUUUCAGCAAGUUGCAAAAAGUAAUCAGAAUAUUCAAACAAUAGAGGAUAUGGCUAAAUUUGUUGACAACUACCCAGAAUAUAGAAAAAUGCAUGGCAAUGUUUCCAAGCAUGUGACAUUGGUUACGGAAAUGAGUAGGAUUGUUGAAGAACGAAAGCUGAUGUUAGUUUCGCAAACAGAACAAGAAUUAGCUUGCAAUGGUGGGCAAGGGGCUGCCUUUGAGGCUGUUACGAAUCUGUUAAACAAUGAGCAUGUCUCUGAUAUUGACCGUCUACGCUUGGUAAUGCUGUAUGCUUUACGGUAUGAGAAGGAAAGUCCAGUUCAGCUGAUGCAGUUAUUCAAUAAAUUGGCAUCCUCUUCUCCCAAGUAUAAGCCAGGGCUUGUUCAGUUCCUCCUAAAGCAAGCAGGGGUUGAUAGGCGAACUGGGGAUCUUUACGGAAGCAGGGAUCUAUUUAACUACGCACUUAACAUGGCUCGUGGCCUUAAAGGGGUUGAGAAUGUGUAUACCCAGCAUCAGCCUCUGCUAUCUCAAAUAAUGGAGAGCAUUGUUAAAGGGCGCUUGAGAGAUGUAGACUACCCUUAUGUUGGAAAUCAUUUCCAGCAAGCUAGGCCACAGGAUGUGAUUAUUUUCAUCGUGGGUGGGACUACUUAUGAGGAGGCACGCGCUGUUGCUCUACAAAAUUCUACUAACUCUGGAAUUCGUUUCAUCCUUGGCGGUUCUGCAAUCCUCAAUUCGAAGAGGUUCUUAAAGGACCUUGAAGAAGCUCAGAGAAUUACCAGGACCAGCGCCAAUACGAUUUGAGAAAUCUGCUAGAAGGCACUUCACCUCUUGGGAUACAUGUAAAUUAGCAGUACAAAGGAUUUUGCAUACUUCAGCUCAGCAAUAUUCUUGGAUUUGAACUGUACAGAAGCUUGAUCAUUGAUGAUAACUCUAGAGCCAAUCUAUAUUGAUUCAUGAGAAGUUCUGUCGGCUGAUCAACUGAGGUAUGGCUUAAACCAAGUUAACCGGAUGAAAAUGCUAGAGAUACAAACGAUAUUAUUGACUUUACUCUCUGAGAUGGUUUUAGCUGUAGUAUCUUUUGCAGUUUAGCGCGAUGUUUAUUCUGUACGUAGUUGUAAUUGUACAAUUACUGGUUUCUUGUUUAUACAAAAAGUUGUUCCUGCAGUAGAAA